UGAAGAUACCCAAUCACAUAAUGCGCUUGAAGAGCGCCCUGCUGGGCUGUCGCUAUGCUCUGGACGGCGAGUCGCUGUAUUCGGUUAAAUGGUACAAGGAUGGACACGAGAUCUACCGUUAUGUGCCGCGAGAUAAGCCACCAGGACAGGCAUUUCCGCUGCCCGGCGUUAAUAUCGAUCUGCGCAACUCCUCGGAUACGCAGGUGCUGCUGCGACGCGUUACGCUGCAAAGUACCGGACUCUAUCGCUGCGAAGUGUCCGGCGAGGCGCCCGCCUUCAACACCGUCUCCGAGUCAGAGACAAUGACCGUUGUGGUGACACCAAAUCAUGGCCCGAAAAUAACCGGCGGACAGCCGCGCUAUCAGAUUGGAGACACUGUGCGCGUCAAUUGCACCUCCUCGCCGUCCAAGCCCGCCUGCCACCUCAGCUGGCUAAUCAACGGCGAGCCCGCACAGAAGCAACACUUGAAGCAGUACGACAAAAUUGUGGUCAACCGCGAUGGGCUGGAGAUGGCGCGACUGGGCCUGGAGUUUCGUGUGCGUGGCUAUCACUUCAAGCAUGGCGAUAUGAAGCUCAAAGUAAGUUGUGUAGCCAAGAUCAGCUCGCUCUACUGGCAGAGCAAUGAGGAGAGCGUGGAGAGCGAUCGACAGCAGCGAGCGCCGGCCUUGGAAUCUCGUGAAACAGUCGCCGCCAAGUCCAGCACAAUUGCUGCAGCUGCCUCCAGGCAUCCUUCGUAUUUGAUUUCGCUGCUGCCAGCGCUGCUGCUGCUCUUUGGCUUUGCCGGCUUGGGCGCGGACGGCGCUGUGAGUUAGACGAGACGCAUGUGUUUUCGACUCGUUGCAUGCAACAGUUUUUGGGGCAAGCACACAUAUCCUAUGCCAAAUUUCAUAGAAAACAGACACAAGCUGCAAACUUAACUAGUUUCAUUCAAAAAACAAAUUUCAAUUGAUGUCGCAGUAAAAUACAAAAACUUUCGAUAUGAACUCUUAAAGUGGCAGCAGCUAAAUUUAAAUUAAAUAAACUACUCAAUAACGAGACGUAAGCUAAGUAAUUUGUAAAUAUUAAGUGUUAAAUGUAAGUUUGCCGCAACUAUGAAAUGAAAAUAUAAUUUUCAAAUUAG